AUGCUUAGCGGAAAGAACAUUUACCUAUUGAAAUGGGAUUGCGACCUGGAGCGUAUGGCUCAAGAAUGGGCGCAGUCAUGUCCGUUACCGUAUGCUAGGAGUAGGAGAGUUCCGCGAGGAUCACAACUUAUUAAGAGAAUCAAUUUCAACCUUCAUGGAAAAAAUGUUACGCAACAUAUCGACAACUCAAUGAGAUCCUGGUGGUUAGAAUACAGAACACGUGGAAAUCUGGAUGUUGAAAAUCGCUACUUCAAUCGGCAAGAUUAUUACGGAUGGGCGAACAUGGCAAAAGGAAAAACAACCCGAUUAGGUUGUUCCUACAUGGUUUGCGGAGAUAAAGCAAUUUUCACCUGUGUUUACAAUAACAAAGUUAACAUUGAGAAGCGCAAAAUCUACGAGUCUGGGCGACCUUGCAGUUCAGAUAGGGACUGUACCACCUAUCCAAGCUCAAGAUGCAUACCCGAACUGGGACUGUGUCAGGCACCAGAUGUACCCAAGGAUAGAACUAGCAAUAACAUGUGUGGUGGUGUGGCAUCGAGCAUGACAGACUAUUCCAGGCAAUUUUCGCUUGACGUACAUAAUUUUUAC